AUGCUAUUCUCUCAUCCCGAAGAAAUCGCUGACAACACAAUCGUGAAAGAUUUGAGCCCUACCAGUGAGUGUACAUCCAAAAUCGUGCAGCUAGGCGCGGUUUCGAAUGCUUCUGCAUACACCACAUCGGUAGACGGACCCAAGGAGACCUACGCUUGUCAUUUGUGUACAUUCGACGCUGACAGGAUAACAGUUUUAGACAGACAUCUUUUGAACCAUCACAAAAUUGGUUUGGAUAACCUCCUAAAAUUAGUCAUGGCUAAAACCAAAGACGGUUUGGCAGAAGAGAAUCGCAAUUCCAAUAUUUAUGGUAUCAGAGAGCCAUACUACAAACCGACAGACGAAAUUAUAGAAGAAGGAGAAUUCGUUAUAGAAACUGUGACACCAAAAAUUAAGAUAUUGAAACAUGCGUCAACUAAUACGGAAGUGCAGUGGACAGAUAUACCAGAUUUGAAAAAUGACUGCAGGAAAAUCACAAAGGAAUUGGAGAAGCUUAUAAAGUAUCCGAGUGACAAAAUUGGUAAAGAUGAAUUAUUGAGCAAAAUGCAAACGCUGAGCGAUUGCAUGUGCAAAUUUGUAGACUCAACGAAUACUCUGAAGAAGAUUUUGACAAAGGAGUUCGAUUCUAAAACUAGCGUGAGAGACCGGUUGAGUGCAGCGGAGCCCUUCUUCGAUCUUGGCUUAGGGGAUCAAGAUUCACCACGCGAAUGGGAGAGAGCUCAUAGUGAGAAAAUGGAAAGGACAAGACAUAAGUACGGAGAUAGCUGCAGGUGA